GCGCAUCAUCUCGAAUUCCGGCGCUGUUGAAGCUCCCAAGUAAACCACGGCUCUUGGUGCAAACCUCCGACACUACCUCUUAGAUCUCUAAGCAAGUUCUAUACUGAGGACGGGUGCGGCAUGCCUCGUUAGUGACGAUAGUGACAACUUCAGCAAUGGCGGAAACGACCCGCCCAGAGCCUGCCAGCAGGGCACCGAGAGGGACUACCUUGGCCUCGGGCACCUUCUCCGAGUUACCGACGAUACCUCAAGCCAAGGUAUUUGGACCGGCAACGCCUUUAGGUUCCGACAAAUUCGACUUCGCGCCCAAGUCGAGCAGCCCCCGCGGACAGAGCACGGCCGGGAACGAAGCUGCCGAUUAUUUGAAUGCUGCAGACUCUAAUGACAGAAUAUCCCCCCUUACCACCCCGGGCGGCGAGCACAAGCCGCCAGCCUUAAGACUCGAUGGGCAUCAGGAACCAGCAGUUGCGGUUGAGUCUGCCGAUCCGCCCUCGCCCGUCCUCGGCCGGAAAAGUGUACAGUUCACGCCCGAUGAUGGUGUCCAAGAUCCAGUACCAACCCACUCAAGGGCCGGAUCUUGGGACACGAGGGAGGCGCUGGGGAAGCUUCGCGGUUCAAGUUUGAUAACGAAGCUGAAAGACCUCACCGGGCCCACUGGAUCUCCGACUCCAAGAAUGGCCAGCACGCCUGCGGACCUGCCGUCAACGUCAAGCUCGCCUACAGCGCUUCGCCAGGCAAAUCGAGCCGCGCGUGCGGUGAAUGAGGGGAGCGAUGACGAUGCAGAUGCGGAAGAGACCGCUGAUGAGACCGCUGCGGGCAGUGGGAAAGGGAAACAGAAGAGGAGGAGGCGCAUGCGGAGGCUCAGGAUGGAGUCGUCAUACUCAGUGCCCAACACUCCUAAGAUCAGUGAAUUGGGGCCGGAAACGCCCGAUGCACAAAGCCGCCUUGCGUUUCUGAGACGUCCUCCUCUACCCGGCGUUGACGAUCACGGCUAUUCCGAAGGCGAAGGCCGCGACCGUCUGAGCAGAGAACGUGGACUGGGCUUCAGGAGGGGGGCAAACUGGACAGCUCGGCCGGGCGACGAGGGAGAGGAGGCGGACCGCCCUUCCGGUCUCCGCAUGGGCCAUCACUUCAGGCGUCUGUCCGCCCUUGGAGGUGGUGGCGGGGGCGGGGUGUCGGACGGGGAGGCCAUGAGCCCAAGGAGGCCCUUCUUUGGCACGGACAGAGCCUCGACCUUUGGCGUUCAGAAAUGGCGGCAGGUCAAGGGCGCGCUGAAACUCUUGCGCCAAAAAAAGGACGAGCAGUUCGACUUCUCCAAAUCCGCAGAGCUCAUGGCGGAGCUCUUCGGCGGAGCUCCGGCCGUCCUGAUGUUCGCAAGCAUGAUUCAGCGGGACGAACAUGGGAAUAAGAGGAUACCCGUUCUGCUCGAGCAGCUAAGGCUGCGGAUUAUCGACAGCGCUCCCGAUGCGGACAAGGAUAGCGAGAGACAUUGGAUCUUCACGAUGCAGCUCGAGUACGGCAGUGGUCCGAGUCAGAUGAAAUGGACCAUCAAACGGACCAUCAAGGAUAUCCUGAACUUGCAUUGGAAGUACAAGCUGGCUCUGGGCAACGAGGGCUUUCCGUCUUCCAAGAGCGCCGAACAUGGCGCCAAGCGGCCUAAGCAGCCUCGCUUCCCCUUGUCCGCCUUCCCAUAUCUCCGUGGCGUCCGAGGCUUGGACGACAACGACGAGGAGGAUCUCGGCAAUGAAAUGCGUCCUGACGGGCGCAUCGCCGAGGAAACCGCUGGCGAAGGCACCGCUGGCGAAGCAACGGUCCAAGAAGCGACCGACGCUGAAGACCGGCCUGCCAUGCGCAAAAAGAAGUCCCGCAUGGCCUACCUUGGUGGCCUCCGAAAGCCCUCGACGCUAGGUUCGAACGCCGAUCUCAGCCAGGUUGCCGCGGACGCUGUUGCCCAGAAAAGGAGAUAUGUUGAGCGGCAGCAGAGGAUGUUGGAAAAGUAUCUCCAGGACAUGAUCCGCUGGCUGAUGUUCCGGGCCGACAGCAACCGCUUGUGCCGCUUCCUCGAGCUGUCGGCUCUUGGCGUCCGGCUGGCUGCUGAGGGCAGCUACCACGGGAAGGAAUGUUACCUUCACAUUCAGUCGUCCAAGGGCCUCGACUUUCGCCGGGUGCUCACACCGGGCAAGGUAAUUGCCAGGCAUACCCGCAAGUGGUUCCUAGUCCGGCAGAGUUACAUUGUCUGCGUUGAGUCUCCCGAGAACAUGAACAUCUACGAUGUCUACCUCGUCGAUUCGAAAUUCCAGAUCAAGACCAAGCACAAAGACAAGCACCGUGCCUCCAAAAGCCGGGACCAUGACGAGGAUAUCGAAAACCUCGACCCGUCUGCUCGUCGGCACAGCGACAAGCACCACACCAUCAAGAUCCUCACGUCGGAGCGCAAGGUGAAGCUUUUCUCGCCCAACCAACACCUCAUAGCACAGUUUGAGGAGUCCAUCCUGGAGAUGUUGAAGAACACGCCCUGGCACCUCGAGAAUCGGUUUGGCAGCUUUGCCCCCGUCCGGACCGGUGUGCACGCACAGUGGCUGGUGGACGGCCGGGACUACAUGUGGAACGUGUCUCGUGCAAUCAGCAUGGCAAAGGACGUCAUCUACAUCCACGACUGGUGGUUGAGUCCCGAGCUGUACAUGAGGCGGCCGGCUUGCAUCAGCCAGAAGUGGCGGCUCGACCGGCUCCUUCAGCGGAAGGCCGCCGAGGGCGUCAAGGUCUUCGUCAUCGUCUACCGCAACGUCGAGGCGGCCAUUCCCAUCGAUUCCGAAUACACCAAGUUCUCGCUUCUCAACCUUCACCCCAACAUCUUUAUCCAGCGGUCGCCGCACCAGUUCAAGAAGAACCAGUUCUUCUUCGCGCACCAUGAAAAGCUCUGCAUUGUGGAUCAUGACAUUGCUUUCAUCGGCGGCAUCGACUUGUGUUUCGGCCGGUGGGACACGCCGAAGCACCCGGUGGUGGACGACAAGCCCACCGGCUUCGAGCCCCAGGACGACCCCAGGGACGCUGAGCAUUGCCAGCUGUUCCCUGGAAAGGACUAUUCCAAUCCCAGAGUGCUGGACUUCUUCAGGCUCAACGAACCAUACGAGGAGAUGUACGACAGGUCCAUGACGCCACGCAUGCCCUGGCACGAUAUCGCCAUGCAGGUCGUGGGCCAGCCGGCGCGAGACCUCACUCGCCACUUUGUUCAGAGGUGGAAUUACGUUCGGCGUGGACGCAAGCCGACCCGACCAACGCCGUUCCUGCUGCCUCCGCCGGACUGUAAGCAGGAGGAGCUGGAGGCCAUGGGCUUGAGCGGCACCUGCGAAGUACAGAUCCUGCGCUCUGCCACGACCUGGUCGCUGGGCAUUGAGGACACUGAGCACAGUAUCCAGUCGGCAUACAUCAAGAUGAUCGAGAACUCGGACCACUUUGUGUAUAUGGAGAACCAAUUCUUCAUCACCAGCACCGAGACGCUAAACACCAAGGUGAUGAAUGGCAUUGGUGACGCUCUGGUCCGGCGCAUCAUGCGGGCCCACGAGAACGACGAGGACUGGCGCGCUGUUAUCGUCAUCCCGCUGAUGCCCGGUUUCCAGAACGAGGUGGACGAGCCGGAUGGCUCCAGUGUGCGGCUUAUCCUACAGUUCCAGUACCGCAGCAUCUGCCGCGGGGAGCAUUCGAUCUUUGGGCGCCUGCGGGCCGCCGGCAUUGAGCCGGAGAACUACAUCCAGUUCUUCAGUCUGCGGCAAUGGGGCAAGCUCAGCAAUGGCGUGCUGACCACGGAGCAAUUGUACAUACACGCCAAAUGCAUUAUUGUUGAUGACCGUAUCGCUCUGAUCGGAUCGGCGAACAUCAACGAGCGCUCCAUGCUGGGCAGUCGCGACUCCGAGACGGCCGCUAUUGUCCGCGACACAGACCUGAUCUGGUCGACCAUGGCCGGGCGCCCGUACCAGGUCGGCCGGUUCGCCCAUACACUGCGCCUCCGUCUGAUGAGAGAGCACUUGGGCCUGGAUGUGGACGAGAUUAUCGAAGAGGAGCGGCAGGCCGACGUCGACCGCGAAGAGCAGUUCAAGGCGGAGAUGGAUGGUAUCUACGACGACGAUCUGGACCCGUCACCCCCGGCCGAGGGCUCAAGCCGCCCGAGGUCCUCCUUCGUCGAACCGCCCAAGACUCCAACGCUACCUUCUGGGUCCCAGAGCGUCAACCACGAGCUCGACGGGGAAGAGCCUCGCCGUCGGAGGCGUACUCUCUCCAGGAGCUCCAAGGACAAAGGCGGCCCCGCCGAACCAUCAACCGAGAAGAGUGAAGGGGCAGCGGAUCGUUCUGACGCUGAUCACUGCAAGGUGGGCCAGGAGCAUAAGAUCGACCAUGGGAGGGACACUGUCAUUGUUCAUGAUCGUGAAUUCCUGGUCCACGACGUCUCGGCGGAGGGGAAGGGCACAAUUGACCACCCGAAGGACCCGCACACUCUGCGUCGUUCGUCUAGCAACGUGACUCCCGAGGGCUCUGGCGGCUAUGACGGCAUCCCGCCAAUGCCGCCGUUCGACAGGCGCACGACGGAGCAGCUCGGACUGCCACGUCCCAACCAGUUGCCAACGCUGCCCAUCAUUGACGACACUGAUAUUGGCGGUCCGCGGGUCCGCCGUGAUUCAGCGGGAAGGCCGACGCAUAGCACCUCCGCCUCGUUGCCCCUCGAUAUCAAGCUGGCUGACAUCGACAAGGAUUGCAUGCGUGACCCUCUCAACCCGUCCUUCUACGAUGACGUCUGGUGCCGUGCUGCGGAGAACAACACGAAGAUCUACCGGCGCGUCUUCCGAUGCAUGCCGGAUUCAGAGGUGACCAAUUGGGCCGAGUACAAGGAGUUCGAGAGCUAUAACCGGCGCUUCAAGGCGAGCAUGGACGGAAAGCCGUCCAGCGAGGAUGGCGAAAAGCCUGGGCCGGCUGCCCAAGCCGCCGCGGGCGCGGGCAUCGGUGCACCGGGUCCAGCAGCUUCUACCACGGCUGCCGCGCCUGAGAAGCUGGAGUCUGCGGCCAAAGCUGCGGCUGGAAAGAUUGUUGCUGCUGGAGAUUGCGCUGCGGACGAGAAACGGGCGCUGGCUGAUGAGCUGGGCAGGGGUGAGGUCCCGCAGCCCGAUACAACUCGCAACCCGGAGAAGCACGAGUACGCAAUCAACUCAAGCCGCGACACGCUCCACACAACGGAUACUAACGGGCGCCUCGGCCUGAGACCGGACGGUAACAAAGAACGGCGUCCCACUUUUUCCAGCCAGGAGAAGCCUCCACCAACCAGUGUCAGCACACACUCCGGGAAUGACCCGUCCGCAGCAACCAGCAACCAUGACGGGCAGGCCACCGGCGUCAAGCCUGCGGGCUCGCAGAAGCGGCGGCGGCGAGCCACCACUAGGGGCAGCCGGCCCCGCUUCAGCGUCGCGGAGGAGUUGCUUUCCAAGGCCGAGGCCGAGGAGCUGCUGAACCUGACCCAGGGGCCGCUAGUGCAGUUCCCGUAUGAUUGGCUGGUGGUGGAAGAAGCGAACGGGAACUGGUUGUUCCAGGUUGAUCAGGUGGCGCCCUUGGCUAUCUACAACUGAGCAUGCCUCUGGCAUAUUAUUUCUACCAGCGCCGGGGGUUGGUACUAAUCGUCGGAUGACGUCAGAGAAAGAGAGAGAGAGCUCGGGGUGGUUACAUUUUGCGUGCUUGUUUGGAGUAGUUGCCGGGCGUUUUAUGGUGCAUAUCGUUUUCGGGGGUUAUUACUCCAUGCUCCACCAGUCCAGCAUUUGCCGGCGCAGCGGUUUCCUCUGUCCACUU